AUGAAUUCUUGUGAGAAUCUCGAAAAUCUACCGCGCGUGGAGUCUCCAGAAUCCGUUGGGUCAGAAUCACAUGUACAGGAAAUUUCCGCUGGUCCUAUAUUCGAAGAACCGCACCACAGCAGAGAAGUUAUUGAGCCUUCAAAAGAGAAGGGUGAUGUUGAUGAUCGCUUAGCUGUUGUUCCAGUACCUUGCGCCAGCUCUGCUACUUUCAAAGUUCCACUUCAGGGCCCUUCGAGAGGAAGUUAUGACGAUGCCGUGGAGCUUACUAAAUGGUCUAUCCGUUUUGCUCCCAUUGGAUGUGAUGGUCCAAAACUGAAUUUCCCUAAAUUUAUUCUUCUUGGUUAUAAGAGAAAUCAUAGCACUCAAUGGCGUUCGUCAAUUGUCAUAAGAGUUGAAAGCGCUGAGAUUUUACACACAGCUUCAACAAAGUAUCGCCUUGUGGGGAAUAUGAAUAUCAUUGAUUCGGCCUACGCAGGUUGGAUUUCUCCAGAUCGCCGACAGUCGGGUGCUAAAAGCAGCAACGUGUCUAUCGUGGCCCGUCAACAGUUUGCUCAGUCUUCUGCCUCAGUGCGAAGAUCUCGAAGUGGACGAUGCAUCCACCCACCUCUGGCCGAAUGGGCUGGUGAACGAGUCCGUUAUGAUGGAUACGGUAACGUUAUCGGAGUAGAAAAUGCGAGUACUGUCACAGUACAUUCAAAGAGUGCAGCUGGAACUAUGGCUCUUUCCAACUACUAUGGCUUAUCUCCUGCUGCCCCUGUAACCUAUAGUGAAACUUCUGACGAAGGAGAUUACGAUCACUAUGAAAAGAAAGGAAGACCCUUAGAUGAUGGAUACGGUCGUUACGAAAACCGCAAGAGACAUUAUUCUGACGAAGAAGAUCAUGUUUACAACUCUUACCAAAGACCUGAAUGUCAAAGUGGUGACUCGGACGACUUUGAAAUUGAGAGGGAGAUAAGGGCGGAACGUCGCCUAAUAUUGGAACAAGCGCGAGAACUAAGAAUACAUCAAGAGAAUCUGCUAGAGAUGGAAAGGCGAUUGUCCUACCAUGAGAAGAAGUGGUUGAAGAAGAAGAAGAAGGAGAGACGCUUGAUGGAGAAAACUAGGAAUAGAUAUCGGGAGCAAACAAAUAUAUAUCAAUCGUCCACACAUUCACAACAAGAGCAUAGGAAAGCCCGAAAUGAAUUCCACACAAAUUCUAAACGGUAUGCGAGUCCUGAUGAGAGGAAGGAAGUUUGGCGAAAAAGAGUAGUAGAUGAAGCGGAGAGGCAGCGGCUUGAAGAAGAAUGGGCUCGGGAAAAUGAGGAACUGUCUACGUCCUACUACUCUGAUGGAGAUGCUGAUUGGCAUGAACCAGGUUUAAACUCAUUAUGGUAUUUCCUCUGUCGUUUAUUUUUCAUGCUGAAGAAAAAGUUUCUUCUCCCUAAUAACUUUUUGAUUUAUUAUAGUUCGAAAAAGGAAGAAGAAAGUGACUCGAAGAGUACGACAAAUCAGUUCUUCUUCUGAAG